AGUGACUUCCUGUGUUACGUUUUGUCAAAGAUCGAAAUGUGAAGUGGACGAAAUAUAUUCCUCCUUAGCUGAUCACGAUCUAAACUGGACAGGUGUGGACGGAGGGUCUUAGCGGCUAUUCCGCCGGAAGACGAUUCGGCCUACAGGAAUAGAUGGCUAAGAAUACCUGCCAGUUUCAAUAUGAAGCGGAUGGACACUUAUUCUUAUUUAAACAUUCAAUCCAGUAACCAUGGAAGAUCUUAAUACCACUACACUUACUACAACAGAGGCCACUACAACUGAUAACAUCAACACCACAACAUCAUUGACCACCUCAUCAUCAACAGACUUCAUCAAUAUAACCACUAUCCUUACCACUGAUGGAACCACACCAGAUUCACCAAGUGCUGUAGGAGCUAUCGCUGGCGGAGUGGUUGGGGGCAUUAUAUUUUUGGUGAUCAUUGCUGCAGUUGUGUUUUUCAUUCUUCGACGUAGACGCCGUAAAAGGAAAAGGCGAAAAGAAAAAUUGGACAGUUUGCAAUCACCACCCUCAGUAAAUGAGUUAGAAAAUGCUGAAAAAAGUAAACAUAAAAAGAACUGGUCAAUGAAAGAUAAACCGAAUAAAGUGUCAUCACCCGAGCCACAUUAUGUUAAUGAAGAAAUAGGAACUUUAAAGACUGAAAAGGGGAAGUCUGGGGACCCCCUUUAUCUACAGCCAGCACCUCCAAAGCGUGAUUUAUAUAGCGGAGUUGACGGUACUGAGUACUAUAUGGGAGAGCCCACUAAAUCGACAGGUGAGAAACCCACAGAGGUGUAUAGUGACCCAAACAUUCCUGGGCAGACAAACAAGGAAUCGACAGGUGAGGAACCCACAGAGGUGUAUAGUGACCCAAACAUUCCUGGGCAGACAAACAAGGAAUCGACAGGUGAGGAACCCACAGAGGUGUAUAGUGACCCAGACAUUCCUGGGCAGACAAACAAGGACACGCCGAAACCUGUAUAUACUAACUCUGAUGCAGAGAAAAGUGUAAAAAAUGAACCCAGAGACUACGAAAAUGUUCCCCCUAAAAGAACACCACCGCCGAAAGCUAACGCACCUAAGGAAGAACCUUGUGAAGUGAUGGAUGAUGAGGAACAAACUGUUUAUGAAAAUGCCUGAAGGAAUCGUGAUAUAAUAGAGUAUAUGCUUAGUUAAUGACCGGACUUGUGAUUUCAUCACUAUGUCACUGAUUAAUUUCUGGUUGAUGCAGAUUUUAACGGUAAAAUAGCCUUUCUGCCAAAUAAAUGUGCAGUUGUACGUGUAAGUAUAAGUCGAAUGUCCCUGUUAAACAUGACAAUUCUAACUAUUUUUUCUUUCUCAUUUUUAAGUUACGUUGAGCAGGUUAUUACAAAAAAGGCAUGUUACAUGUGAUUGGUGACAAGUUAAUGUUUUAAAACCCAUUUAUUGUUUGAUGUAUCGUAAUUUUAUGCGCAUGAACGAAUAUUUUCAAUGUGAUUUUUCAGUGACCUUUUCAAAACGUGUGAUACCAUUACAUGCAAAAUAAUAAAUCUAUGUUUCUUUUACUAGACUAAUAUAAUUUUAAGAUAAAAUAAUUGAUGUAACAACAACAAGAACACUGGCAUAUUAACAAACCGUCAUUCUAACUCAAAGUCGAUAAAACAACAGCAUAAUACGAAACAGUAGAGAUUUUCAUGGAUAGCAUUGGAGACGUACAAGGAUAAAAAAAAAACAGGAAAAGGAAAAAGGGAAAAAAUGACAAUUUUGAAAUGUUGCAAUUAUCAAGUUUAACAGACAGCUAACAAUAUAAGGAAUGAUCGAGGUAAGCGGCUGAUGUUCCCUUUGAUUGUCCUUGAUUUCAAGUUAUAUAAUGUUAAUUUUGAUCGGCAUGGUAAACAAAGUUUCUGUUAAUUAAAUAUAACACAUUGCCAAUAUGCAUAUUGUUUUUUGACAGUUGAAGUUUGCAAUGGCUAUAUCUCGAGAGACGUACAGGAAGGAUAUUACUCGCUUCACAUGUAGGUUCCCCUUCGUCCUUUCAACACAAUAGCUCGCAUUUUGCCAUCAUGAAAUUUGUCGGUGGAAGUUUGUUAUCGCUAUUUCUCAAAAAGUUCUUCCGUCCUCAUAUAGCCCUGGCUGUUGUUAGGAUGUCAACCCUUAAACACAUAAAAAAGUUCCAACGUCCUCAUAUAGCCCUGGCUGUUGUUAGGAUGUUAACCCUUAAACACAUAAAACAGUUCUUCCGUCCUCAUAUAGCCCUGGCUGUUAUUAGGACGUUACCCCUUAAAACAUCAAACAGGUUUUCUUACGUCUAUCUUGGAUUUCAUAGGAAGACUUUCCUUGUUAUCAAAUGAUUAGGAGGGAAAUGGGAAAGAAUGGAAAAGUGGAGAAAAGAUCUAAGAUCAGUCGGUGGUGGGCGCCAAGAUCCCUUGUCUACUGAAUGUAAUUACAGUUUAGUUUUAUUUAUUCAACUACUUUCAAUAGCUUCAAAUGUUACAUAUAUCAAUAUAUAUAUAUCGUUCUAGUAAUAUCCGCUGCGAAGUCCAUCGACGUAAACAUUUAUACAAUGUACAUGACUUUGGUGAAUUCAAACAUGUUCAAUGCCAUCGCUAUGCCAUUCCUGCCUCAUUUAAGACACCUUCACCUGGUCUAUAUAUAAAUCUUUAUUUUAUUGAUUUUUUGCCCUAUUUUUAGUUCACAUAUUGGUUGCUUGCUCAUUUUGUUGGACGACCUGUCCUUGUUUAUAUGAUACAGGUUGAAUUACGUUAUUUACACCAAGUCAAAGUUGUAUAUAUUUGUUAUCUGAAAGAAACGGUUAUCCCUUACAUGACAAACUCUUUAAUAAUUGGCAUAUGACAAGUCUACGUCUUAUUAACUCUUUCUUUUAUUAAUGAUUUUAUGAUGAUCCGUACUUCUGUUGAUAGUUUAAUGAUAAACCAUUCUUCUAUUGAUAAUUUAAGUAUUGUCCUUUCUUCUAUUGAUGU